AUGCCUCCAAAGAAGAAGACCGAGCGACCCGCCACCGAAAAUGUCUCUCUUGGACCUCUGUCCGGAGAUGGCAAGCUCGUUUUCGGCGUUGCCCGUAUCUUUGCUUCCUUUAACGAUACCUUCGUCCAUGUCACUGAUCUCAGUGGUCGCGAAACUAUUUGCCGUGUUACUGGCGGCAUGAAAGUCAAGGCCGAUCGUGACGAGUCCUCUCCAUACGCUGCUAUGUUGGCUGCCCAGGAUGUUGCUGCUCGCUGCAAGGAAUUGGGUAUCAAUGCUCUUCACAUCAAGAUCCGUGCUACCGGAGGUAACGGCACGAAAACCCCUGGCCCCGGUGCUCAAUCCGCUCUUCGCGCCCUGGCCCGUUCUGGAAUGAGAAUCGGAAGAAUCGAGGACGUCACUCCCACUCCUUCCGAUUCCACCCGCCGCAAGGGUGGUCGUCGUGGUCGUCGUCUGUGA